AUGUCCGCUCCCGAAUCAAUUCAGCUUAACCUUGGGUCGUUGACCGCCCACGCUUUCAACGGUGACCGCACCCAAGUCGCCAUCUCCGCCAACUCCAACACCGUCGAGAUCUACCAAAAGUCUGAGACUGGCUAUACUCUUCUUUCGACCCUUACAGACCACGACAAGCUCGUCACCUCCAUCGACUGGUCCGCGACCACCAACCGUAUCGUCACCUGUUCCCAAGACCGUAACGCCUACGUCUGGACCCAAGCCGCCGAUGGAUCAUGGAAGCCAACCCUCGUCUUGCUCCGAAUUAACCGUGCCGCAACUUUCGUGCGCUGGUCUCCUUCCGGUAACAAGUUCGCCGUCGCCUCUGGUGCCCGCCUUGUCGCUGUUUGUUACUUUGAGCCAGAGAACGACUGGUGGGUCUCCAAGCACCUCAAGAAGCCCCUUCGCUCGACCGCUCUCACCCUUGACUGGCACCCGAAUAAUGUCUUGUUGGCUGUCGGUGGUGCGGAUGGUGUCGCCCGUGUCAUGUCCGCGUUCGUGAAGGAUGUUGACGCCAAGCCUGAGCCUUCGGUAUGGGGUGCCCGUUUGCCGUUCGGUACCGUUUGCGGUGAGUUCGAGAACCCUGAGCGUGGAUGGGUUCACGGCGUCGCUUUCUCUCCUUCCGGAGACCGUCUUGCUUUUGCUGCUCAUGACUCCGGGAUCAGCGUCGUUUCCUCUGUCGGCGAAGGACAGUGGAGCUUGGACCGCGUGAAGACUCGCAUGCUUCCCUUCCUGUCCCUCAUCUGGAUCUCAGAGCAGGCUGUUGUCGCUGCAGGUCACGAUUGUCAACCCGUCCUCUUCUCUCAAUCCGGUGCUGGCUGGGAAUUGACCAAGUCUCUUGACGACCCCACUACGAAGAAAUCUGCCGCUCCCACCGCCAACAGAAUGAAUGCCGCUUUCAACAUGUUCCGCGAGAUGGAUCUCAAGGGUAAAUCCUCUGCAACGACUGGCGAGGACGGCGAAGUGAUCAGCAGGGGUGACGAUACGAAGCUUGCUACUGUCCACCAGAACACGAUCACGAGUAUUAGGGUGUAUGAAGGUGGUUGGCAUGCGGGGCAGUGGACCGGGGAUGUGAGGAGAUUCAGCACAAGCGGACAUGAUGGGAGACUAUGCGUGUGGACUUUUUGA